AUGAAGAAUGAUUGGGUAUAUGUAGCCGAGAAAUCGGUCGUAAGAAAAUUAUUUACUACAUCAUUACUAGUAUUAUUAAACCUUUUUAUACCUGUUUUAACAUCACAAGCAUCAUAUCGAAGCAUAAUUAAUUUUUAUUUUUCGGGUGCUGCAAUAUCAAGCUCAAUGAUUAAUUCGUUGUAUAUUUAUUAUAUAAUACAAAUAUUACGUUUAAAGACAUUAUCAGAAUCAAAUUGUCGAGCCAUUUAUUAUCUACAAACAUCAUGUUCAGUUGUCUUAGCUUAUACAAUAAUCGCUAUGCAGGUAAACUUUUUUAUAUGUUUGAUAUCAUCAUCGAAUCAAAAUAAUCAAAAAUCAACGACAACAUCUCCAUAUCUAUCAUCUGGCUCACCAAUAGAUUCCUCUUAUAAUGAUAAAAGUUCACGUUCUAUUACACAUAAUAUAUUUACGUGUACAAUAAAAUUUUUACGUCGUUUCUGUUUUUGUUUUGUAAUAUGUUUAUGGAGUGUUAGUUUUACCGCAACAAUUCCACUAUUAUAUUCAAUUGAUUCAAACGAAAAAAAUCCACAACCUGUAUAUUGUCCAGGAACAUUAAUGACAAUAGCCGAAGAAUGGUUUGAUGAAAGUCGUUUAAUACAAAGUAUACUAUUCUAUUUGAUGCCAUUUAUAAUCAGUUCAUUGCUAACACUGAUAUCAUUGCUCAAAUUAUUUAGUGAUUGUCUAUUAUAUUGUUGUCAAAAUUAUUGUUCGCAUCAUUUUUCAUCACGUAAAACAAGUAAAAAAAAAUUAAUAUCAACAGGAAUAUCCAAGAAACAAAAAGAUGGUUGUGGAUGUUAUUGUUGUCGUCAAAAUGGAACUCUUUCCUAUUAUGAUACACCGCCAUCAAUACAUUAUUCACCUUCGAUGAUGCCUAAUUUAGGAAUUAUUACUAAUAAUAAUAAUACAUCAGUUUCAAUACCAGAUCAUCAAUGGCCAUCACCCUCUCUUUCACCAACAUCUUCCACAUCAUCAUUAUCGAGUUCGUUUUGUUGUUCAUCAACGUUUUUAAAAUUUUUACUUGUUCUUUCUUGCAAUGUGUUAGCUACAAUUUAUCCAAUAGCUAUGCGAUUUUAUCUCGUCUAUUUUUCCAUUUUAAUCCCAUUAAUAUUUGCUGUGUUAAAUUAUUCACUCAAUAAUUUAGUUAUAAAUACCAAUGAUACAGUAUCACCUACUAAAACAUCAUCAAACACAGUUAUAGUACCACCGAAAACAAUGAUCAAUUGUUAUACAACUACAAAAGUACCAAUCAGAGCAGUUAAACAAUUGCGAACAAAAUCUAAUGUAAAUGAAAAUCGAGUUACAUCAGAUCUGCUGCAAAUGAAAACAAUUUCGUCUGCAAAUGAAAAUGCUAACGGAGGGGGGGAAGAUGAAGAAGAAAAUGAUCUAAAUAAUCAACAAUUUUUACUGCCGUCCUCCUUACGUUCUUCAAACUCAGGAACAACAACAACAACAACAGUAAGAAGAGAUAUUAUUAGUAUUAGACAGUGUCAUCAAAAACAAUAUCGUCAAAAUUUGAAAUAG